AUGAACAACAACAACGCGAAGAAAAAAGGAGGCGAUGGAGACACGACAAAAAGUACUCAAUCCUCCGAUACAGAAGAGAGCCUAUCGAUUGACGAGGAAGACGUCGAGUUUGUGACUAAAAACGCGCUGUUCACCAAACGAUUGCUGGCAAAUUCGAAAGAACUUGAAGAAGAGAAAAAAGGUAAGAAUGAGAAGAAUAAAAGUCACGGAGACGCGAAGAACGAUGAAGACGACGACGACGACGAUAACGUAGAGCGCAUGUUCUUCGAACAGGAAAAAGCGAAGAAAAAGGAAGCGUGGGAGAAGAAACAAAGAGAAAUGUUGAAGAAAAAGAAGAUGAGAGAAGAAAAUAAAGGUGAUGAAGACGACGACGACGACGACGACGAUGAAGAAGGCGACGUGCGUUUGCUCCUUCCAGUAAAACGGUUAGAUGGAACUCUCGUGAAGAAGCCCGUUUUAAAAGAAACCGAAGUGAGUGCGAAUGGUAAAAGAGGAAGAACGGACGAGUUUGAAGCGUUCCAGAAUAUCGACGACAAUAGUGGUAAGAGUAGCAAUAGCAACAGUAGAAAGAAAUCGCUCGAUGACGAGGAUUUAGGAUUAGAAAAAGCGAAGAAGGAGACGAAACAGAAACAGAAAGACGUUUCAGACGAGGACGCCUCUACAAAGAAGAAGAAGAAAGUAAAUUGGUGGGAAGAGGACGAUAAAAAGAAAGGAGCGAAAGAGAAGGGCGCACAAGGCGAGGAUUCAAAAGAUGAUAGCGAUGAUGACGAUGACGACGACGAAUCAAGUGACGACCAGAUGGAAAAUGAGAACGUGGAUUUUACGUUCUCGGCGAAAAAAUACUUGGCGGAUCCAUCCGGACGAAGAUUAGCUUGUCGUCAAUUCAUGGCUGAACUCUGUCAAAAAGCAAUCGAACAGCCAGAAACGAGAAUGAAAGAUGCCGCGAAGCUCAUUAAAACGUUGUGCGACGAUCCACAUUCGAAGGAAGUGGCGCAAGACGCGUGCGCUAGUAUGACGCUACUUUUGCUUGAUAUUCUUCCGGAUUACAGACUGCGCGAGAUAAACGCAGAUAAAAAUGAAUUAGAAGGCCUAUCUGAUAAGGUCAAGAAGCAAAGAAAAGAAGAAGACCUCUUGUGCAAGACGUACAAAUCUUUCCUUCGUUUAUUAACGAAGAAUGCGAAAAAAGGUGCCAAUUCGAUUGUUUCCGGUCCUUCGCCUUCGGUGAGUGGGAAGUGCUUGAUUCAAUUCUUGUCAAAAAAACCAAAUUCAAACUACAGAGGCGAGAUAUUGCGAGCAAUUAUCUCCUCCUCGUUUACGUCAAGCGACGUGACGAUUGCUGAAGAAGCCUCAAAGGCGUUUUCGGAAAUUUGUAGAGGAGAUGAAAACGGAGAUCACACGCUUGAAAUAUUGCAACUCAUGGCUGAACUCGUAAAGAAGAAUAUGAAAUCAAUAUGGCCGCAAUCCAUCGCCUGGUUCAAAAGCAUCAAUCUCAACGCAGCCGUGUCAGCUUUGAAACCGGAAGAAGAACGGUUUCAGAAAAUGACAAGAAAACAAGAGAGGAAAGAAAGAGCAGGUGAACGUGAAUUGAGUCGAAAGCAAAGAGCGAAAAUGGCGAAAGCGUUGCACGAGCAAAAUAGAAUGAAACCAUUCACUGGCGAUCCUAAUGCCAACAACGACGAGGAUGACUCCGAUUCGGACGAUAAAUCGUUCAAGAGAAGAUUAGAGAAAUCGAUUAAGAAAGAUUUAGACGAAGCCGAAGGUGGGAAGACAAAGUCCUGGAAGGAGAAGAUUAAAAUCCAGAGCAAGAUGAUUGAAGCAGUGUUCGAAGUGUACGUGCGGGUGUUGAAAAGAGCCACCGACGAUAUUGACGACAGCGUUGGUACUGCAAAUAACAGUGACUCAUCGGACGACUCAGAUCCAGAUUCGGAUUACGACGAGGCUGUUGUGGCGAACCAGCGUAGACACAUGCAUCAAAAUCGCAAGAGAGGCACGUUUGCGCUCCUCGCGCCGACCUUGGAAAAUCUUCCGAAUAUUUCUCGCUUAAUUGAUGUCGAUUAUAUGGCAGACUUAUCUUCGCUUUUUACGAAAGCGCUCUCGUCGAAACGGUUCACAAUUGCUGAUAAGUGUCGAGUUGUGCUAUGCUUGGUAGAUUCUUUCGCAGGAGGCGGUAUCGAGAGCGCGUUGGCGGAUGUGGAUUUAUCCUCCACGCGAAACAAAGUUUUUUCUGAAAUUUUGUGUUGCGACAAGUACAAAGCAACAAACGAUUGCAUGGAAUUCGUAAAGAGUCUGGGUUUGCCGCAACCUCCAGAUAAUGAUAAUGAGGAAUUUCAAACUAGAUUUGAUCACUCAUACGAUGAAUUCGAAGCAAAGGCAAAGGGUUCUUUACGAGUAGAUGCCGUCGCGGCGUUUCUCAACUCGCAAACGUUGGGAGAGAACAUCUCUGCGUCGACGCAGAGGGUCGCUUCGCAAGCGUUUGGGGCAAUGAAUACAUCUACGGCGAUGGCUUUUAUAAAGAAAAUAACAAACGUCUCGGUGGAGACGGUUGAAAGCGGUGAAGCGUUUGGACUCUUACUCACGAUGGCAGAAUGCCUGAGAAGAGCGCCAAAGACGAGAGACAUCUUGGAUUUUACAAAGGAAAGAAAGUUUGCUCCUACAGCUGCACGUGGUGGAUUGAGCGAUCGUAUCAAGUACAAGUCCAAGAAGAACAAGAAGUCGUCGUCUACAAUAAAUCGCUUCAAUAGUGAUUCGGUUAAUCCAGAGAAAGCGAAUGGAGGCGUGGCGACGGCUUGGGAGUUAUUUUUAUUGGUGGACCAUUUCAAUCCGGUGGUUGCGGGAGCUGCGACAGCGGUCUUGAACCAUGAAUUCGACGAUAUCUUUCAACUUGCACACAAAAUGUCGAAAAAAGACGUAGUUCCCACAUCCUUGAAGAGAAAAGCAACUGAAGAGGGAGGUAACGAGGAGGAAAACGACGGCAAAAGUAAGGGUAAAUUUUCUCUCUUUUCUAAAGCGCGAACUGCGGCGGGGUCGUGCGCGAGAGUGGCGAGCACUUUGAGUGGAGGAUUUCAUCCUGAAGUUCCGUUGAAUGUUAAAAAUGGUGGUGGUACCGCGGUAGUAUCGGCCAAGAAACGCAAGAGUUGCGCGGAAAGUCUUUCAAUGUUCGAAGAGAAACUGCACUCGUUCUAUGUCAAUUAG